AUGGCGCCGUCCGCCGUGUUGCGCCCUUUCUCCAAGCUGCUGGCCCCGGCCAAGCUCCCGAGCGGCUCUUCAGCGCGGUCAAAGUUCUACAUUCGGGAACUGCCACAUGGCAGACCUGACUGGCUGAAGGUUGGACUGACCUUGGGCACCUCCGUUUUCUUGUGGAUCUAUCUCAUCAAACAACAUAAUGAAGAUGUUUUAGAGUAGAAAAGAAGAAAUGGGUUGGAAUAAAUUUUUGAAAUACCGAUACAGUAUAUAGUGUUUAUAGCAGUUCCUCUGGAU